AUGGGCCGCGAUCCGCUCAUCGGCCUCGUAGGCAAGCCGAGUGCGGGCAAGUCGAGCACGCUCAACUCUCUGACGGACGCCUCUUCCAAACGAGCGAUCGGGUACCUCCAGAUAGACUGCGCGUGCGCGCGCUUCGGCGUCUCGGACCGGUGCAAGCCCAACUACGGCUCCUGCGUCGACGGCCGCCGGUCCGUGCCCAUCGAGCUCCUCGACGUGGCCGGGCUGGUGCCCGGCGCGCACCAGGGCAAGGGGCUGGGCAACAAGUUCCUCGACGACCUGCGGCACGCCGACGCGCUGAUCCACGUCGUCGACGUCAGCGGCACGACCGACGCCGAGGGCAAGGUGACGCGCGGCUACGACCCCUCGGUCGACAUCGCCUGGCUGCGGUCCGAGAUCGUGCAGUGGAUCAAGGGCAACCUCAUGGAGAAAUGGGGCAGCAUCCGGCGGCGGCACAUGGCCGUCAAGGCGACGGCCGUCGAGACGCUGCAGGGCCAGUUCUCGGGCUACGGCAGCAACGCCCGGGUCGUGGCGCGCACGCUCGACCGCAUGGGCCUCAAGGAGCCGCUCGAGGACUGGAGCGAGGAGACGAUCGAGCGCGUGGUCAACGCCUUCACCGACGAGAAGUUCCCGACCAUCAUCGCGCUCAACAAGAUCGACCACCCGGACGCCGACAAGAACAUCGCCAAGAUCGCAAAGAUGCAGGACCCCAACACCAUCGUGCUGUGCUCGGCCAUCUCCGAGAUCUUCCUGCGCAAGAUGGCCAAGCAGGGCUACGUCAAGUACACGGAGGGCAGCGAGUUCGUCGACACGAGGGAAGACCUGAUCGCCGACGGCGACCCGGACGGCGGAGGGCUCAAGGAGCUGGACGAGAAGAACAAGACCAGGAUAGAGAACCUGAAGGACAUGGUGCUCUACCGGUUCGGCUCGACGGGCGUGGUACAAGUGCUCACCAAGGCCGCUGAGCUACUGGGCUUGGUACCGGUGUUCCCGGUGCGGAACACGACUACGUUUGGCUCGGGCCAGGCGGACUCCAAGUUUGUCUUUAGGGACUGUGUCCUCGUCAAGAAGGGCAGCACGGUCGCGGACGUGGCCAGGAAAUGCAUGGGCGAUGCGCCAGUGGCUUACAUAGAAGGCGCCGGGGGCAUCCGUGUGGCGGAAGAUGACCUCGUCGCUGUUGGCAAGAACGAUGUGUUGUCUUUCAAGAUCGGCAGAGGAUGA